UCAUGUCAAGCCUCUCAUAAUUAGCAUACUACUCUUCACCACCACAUAGCUGGGUCUUGGAUUGAUCGUGGCUUGCUGUAGGAAACUUUGAAAGCAGACAGAAAACACAGUGAUUUGACCGAGAAGUGAGUUGUUCGUCAUUUCUACUCUGCGCAACUCAAACUAUUCGAACGUAGAUCUACUAUUGUAAUUCUAAAUGGCGGUUAGCCUCCAGAAAGAAGCCGAUCCUUACUUGAGGAAAGCGAUAUCAGUUUUGGAAGCAUACUGCAAUACGAUCCAGGAAAUUACUGACCAACCAUUAAAUCUUCAGAUACAACAUUUUGUGUUGCAUAUCAAUUUUGUUAUUGAAAUUGAUUAUCCUUUUGUUAAAAUACAAGCAUUUAAUACUAUAUCAAAGGGACACAGCUUAUCUUUAAACUCGAUUACCACACAAGAAGCUUUGUGGUCAUUGGAGGUUCUUGCAGUCUACACAGAGACCUUAAACAAUGUAUUGGCUAAAUAUUUUAAAGCUCAGAAAGAUUUGAAGAAGAAAGAUAUGACAAAGAAAACAGAAAUACUUGGAGAAUUAAAAAGACUGAAAGAUGGAAUCGAUGCCGUUUUAGCACUAAUCGACAAAAUAAUGGAAUAUUAUAACUUUAAGCCCGUAGAAAUGAAUGUGAACGAAAAAUUGCUCCCAAGUUUAGAUGAGCUUCAGACGCAAAAAGAUUUUGUUUGCGCUAUAAAGAAGAAAUUAAAGUUGGAUAAGCUUCACGAAAUAUUUUCAGAGUAUAAAGGUGACUUUAAGGUAUCCGAUGCAACUAUUUUAUGUUCUAUUUUAGGUUUACAGGAGGAAUAUAGAACUUUUCUGGAUACUCUUCAAGCCGACGGAGAAGAUCAUCGCGAAGAUUGCUAUUUUAUAAUCAAGCUUUUGGAAUCCAAAGAACAGGAUCUUAACUACGAUACUAAUGAUAUGGGAAUUGCAGGCUUGUCUAAAAAUUUGGUCUCAUUGGGAUUUACACAAGCACGAGCUUCGGCCAUUGCAAAAAACAUUCCUUCAGAGCUGAUCGAUCUUCAAAUGCCUUCAUUUUGGGCGGAGAGAUAUUUGGAGAAUGCAUAUCUUUAUCAUCCUCUUUUGUCUGCUGUUUCAAGAUAUCCUUAUUCAGAAGAUGAAAAAGAUAAAUGGUUUCAAAAAGAAAUUCCAACAGACCAACGGGAUGAACCCAAUGAGGAUAUUAAGUCGUUCAAAAUUAGAAUGCUUAAUAGCACCUCAAAAAGCCCAGUAAAUAAUAAAUUAGUUGAAGACUAUCUAGGUAAGGUGAAAGACGAGGAUAAAGACAGUGUAUUGCUAUUUCAUGGAACAACACAUGCCGGGGCUAAGUCCAUUCUCACAUCGGGGAUUACACUAACAGCAGGCCAAAAAGGUCAAGACUUCUCCAGUGGGGAUGGAUUCUAUUUGUCAGAGAAGCUCGAAGAUGCUGACAAAUGGAGUGGAGCAGCCAGGGGAGAGCACAAAGCUGUUGUGGUGUUUAAAGUUAAAAAGGAAAUGUUGGACGCAAGUAAAGAACAUGGACUGGACCUUACAGGAGAUCAAGAAACGUGGCAGAGGGUCGUCAAGCUUUGUCGAAAUUACUACCAAGACAAGAAUGCCGAAGCAAAGCUGCUAAAUGGAGUUUCAUUUAUAAGAGGCCAUUAUUGCCUAAAUCCAAUUGAUUUCGCUCAAGAUAAAAGCAAUGCUGAGGGCUUCGGUCAGAGUGCAAUACAGAUUUGUAUCAGAGAUGAAGAUUAUUCAGUCAAAUUCGGAAGCCUAAAAAAUAUUUAUUGUGUAGUUUUUUAUUAGAAUAUUUUUUUUCCCUUUCAUCUCUACGUGUAAAUAAUAAUAUAUAAAGGAAAGCUUUUAUUGACAGAUUAAUUCACCUAUCACUAUUUCUUUUACAUAGGGAGGAUGAAACAAAGAACAUUUAGCCAUUUUGUUUAUUGCUUUAAACAAAAUCCGUUAUUUUUUUUUAUUUUUUUUUUUUUACUUUUGUUAGUUUGACGAUUGAACAAAUAACAUUGAAAUGGAAUCAUUUGCAAAAGUUCUACUGUUUUUGUAAAUUUUCUUUACAGUCGUUUACCGCUGCAGCAGUAAAUAUUUGUUUUUGUAAAUAUAUUUGCUUUUAAAUUCCUAUUCCUUGAUGACCCAAUCAACACUUGGUCUUUCUAACUAGAUAAUACGCACAAAAUGUAUGUAUACAGAGAUCAGUGAACAAUUUCAAUGUUUAUCUCUAAUUAAGAGAUCCAUUUUUCCCAUAUAUAUAUAUAUAUAUUGUUAUAAACCUGGUGGUGGCACAAACGGGGGUAGUGGUGUGUGUGUAGUCAGCCGACGCAAAUCGCCCCAGGCCAGCGCUAGACGAGCGGUCAACCGUGACGAGUUACGACUGUCAGCCGAGACGAGUGUCAACACGGCGGUUCCGGAAGGAUCGACGGCGGUCCGGGAAGGAUCGACGUCGUGAACAGAGCUCAGGAGCGUCACGAGAGUUGUAGUCAUCUGACCACCUGGAAACGUCGAGCGGCGUUCUGUCCGGUUCGAGAAGGCCAGUAGGGACCCUAUAUAAGAGAGGAGGUGUCGCAGUCAAGACGGUCGAGAAAAGGGGCUCAAUACAGCAAGGUUCAGAAAGGAGGUUCACGGCAGGGGUUCAGAGCCCGGUUCACUACAGUCCGGUUGACUACAGCACAGUUCAGCGGUGUGGUUCUGUACGGAGCAUUACGACGGUUCAGUGCGGAGUACUAUCAAGUACAGUUGAGGCGAACGGCGUCUUGAUCUUUUUCUGUGAUCGAGUCCGACACAACGAGCCUACUGUGUGAAGUCAGUCCUGAACUGUUGAACCCAGUGCAAGCCCGGAACGAGACGGAGAGGCCAGUGCAAGAGUUGAUACUGCGGAACGGUGUUAUCGGAGAGAUAUUUGUACAGUGUACGUGUUGCCAAUUGUACAGUAUUGGCUGUUAUUUAUUCAACUAUUAAAGUGUUACGUUACUUUGGAGCCCUGAGUUGUCAAGUUCUUUAAGUUCGUGGUGUAAGGUGCAGUUUGCAGAGAGCCUGGAUAGUGAGAUUCGUAACAAUAUAUAUAUAUAUAUAUAUAUAUAUAUAUAUAUAUAUAAUUUUAUAUGUAAUAUUAUAUUAUUGUUUCACUAUUUUUCUACUUUGAUUUCAUAUAGAGGAAAUAGUAAAGGUUCAACAAACAAGAAAUUCUCUACUGUUAUGAAUAUAUAUACAUGCAUAUAUAUAUAUAUAUAUAUACUAGAAAGUAGAAAGUAAGUUGUAUGUAUGUCCCGAAUAGAAAUCAAAACUUUUUUACCAAUCUUGGUAUAAAUGUUCCCUGGGUGCUAACUGGAACCGUGACAUAUGUAUAGUAGCCCUAAAACAAACUUAAGACCCAUUGUGACACAGU